UGGAUGUGGCUGUGAAGGGCAUCUCGGGUCUCAAACAUGGCGUUGUCUAAAGUUAAGCUUCGUUUGUGUCUCUUGGCGUUUACCCUUUUUCUUGCUUGUUUGUCUGUUGGUUUGGGUGCUAAGGGUGAGAGCCUUAGCAGCGGGGCUGGGGUUGACCAUGAUGGAUGUGUGAACCGGUGUGAGGAGCUGAAGGGGAAGAACGUGGAUGAGUUUGCUGCUUGUAAGAAGGGAUGUGGAGUGAACCAAAGGGGGAGUCCUCGUGCGGAGUAUGAGGUGUGUCGGCUCCAGUGCGAAGUGACGGAGCGUGGGGUGGAGCAACAACGUAGGUGUCUACAGGACUGUGCGGAGCGGCUGAGGGAGCGAGAGCAGGGAAGGGGGGAGGAGGUUGAUGAGGUUGAACGGAGAGAUCCUGAGUGGGAGAGAGAGGAGCAACGUCGGAGGGAACAUGAGCGGGAAGAACGACGUCGUCGUGAACAUGAGAGAGAGCGUGAGAGAGGUAGAGGUCGUCGUGAUGAGAAUGAGAGAGAUCCUAAACGUGAACAAGAAGAGAGACAACGAAGAGAGCAAGAACGACGUCGGAGAGAGCAAGAACAAAGAGAGCGAGAACGUAGAGGCGAGAGGGACGAGGAAGAUGAUGAAAACCAAAGAGACCCAGAUUGGCGUCGGGAGCAAGAACGCAGAGAGCAAGAGCGCCGCCGCAGAGAGCAAGAGCAAGAGCGCAGAGAACGCCAACGCAGAGGUGGGAGGGAUGAUGAAGACGAAAACCAAAGAGACCCAGAUUGGCGUAGGGAGCAAGAGCGCAGAGAGCAGGAACGACGCCGUAGAGAGCAAGAGCAAGAGCGCAGAGAACGCCAACGUAGAGGCGAGAGGGAUGAUGAAGAUGAAAACCAAAGAGACCCAGAUUGGCGUAGGGAGCAAGAGCGCAGAGAGCAGGAGCGCCGCCGCAGAGAGCAGGAGCAAGAACGCAGAGAACGCGAACGUAGAGGCGGAAGGGAUGAUGAAGAUGAAAACCAGAGAGACCCAGAUUGGCGUAGGGAGCAAGAGCGUAGAGAGCAAGAGCGCCGCCGCAGAGAGCGAGAGCAAGAACGCAGAGAACGCGAACGUAGAGGCGGAAGGGAUGUAGAAGAUGAAAACCAAAGAGACCCAGAUUGGCGUAGAGAGCAAGAACGACGUCGCAGAGAGGAAGAACAGAGAGAACGAGAAUGGGAAAGAGAGCAUGGGAGAAGGGGACGAGAAGAGCAGAGAAGCAGAGAAGAUGAACGGAGACGUGAAGAACGACAACAUGGGGGAAGAAGCCGUGUAAAUCAAGUAGCCAUUCGACGAACAGAGCAAGAACAGAGCAACAACCCCUACUACUUUCAGGAGCAGCGUUUUCAAUCAAGGUACAGGUCUGACCAGGGCCAUUGGAGGGUGCUGGAGAAAUUCACCGACAGGUCGGAGCUUUUAAAAGGAAUUAAAAACCAACGAUUAGCAAUUCUUGAAGCCCGCCCUCACACCUUCAUCGUCCCCCAUCACUUGGAUGCAGAAUGUGUUCUCUUGGUCGUAAGAGGAAGAGCGACGAUCACUACAGUAGUCCAGGAAAAGAGGGAAACUAGAAAAGAGUCUUACAACGUUGAAUCCGGGGAUGUUAUGACGAUCCCGGCGGGAACAACUUUGUACUUGGCAAACCAAGAAAAUGAAGAUCUCCAGAUCGUCAAAUUGGUUCAACCCGUCAACAAUCCGGGCGAAUUCAAGGAUUAUCUAUCCGCCGGAGGUGAAGCUCAAGCAUAUUACAGCGUUUUCAGCAAUGAUGUUCUCGAAGCUGCUCUAAACAUUCCACGGGAUAAACUAGAGCGGAUAUUCAAGCAGAGAAGGGAGAGAGGAGGAAAAAUCAUAAGGGCAUCGCAAGAGCAACUAAGAGCGUUGAGCCAACGAGCCACCUCCGUAAGAAGAGGUAGUCGGGGAGUCAGAGCUCCGAUCAAGCUCGAAAGCCAGACCCCUGUUUACAACAACCAAUACGGUCAAAUGUUUGAGGCUUGCCCUGAUGAGUUCCCCCAACUUCGGAGAACCGAUGUGGCCACUUCCGUCGUCGAUAUCAAACAAGGUGGAAUGAUGGUGCCUCACUUCAACUCAAGAGCGACAUGGGUGGUGUUCGUUUCAGAAGGAGCUGGAUCCUUCGAGAUGGCCUGCCCUCACAUACAGAGCGGCCAAUGGCAGCGAGGAAGGAGAGAGGAAGAACGACAUUGGAGAAGGGAGGAAGAAGAGGAACGCGAAGAAAGAAGCGGUAGAUUCGAAAGAGUUGCCGGUCGUCUAUCAGAGGGCGGCGUACUCGUAAUUCCGGCAGGCCAUCCAAUCGCCAUCAUGGCUUCCCCUAACGAGAAUCUCCGCUUGGUCGGGUUCGGAAUCAACGCCGAAAACAACAACAGAAACUUCCUCGCUGGGAGAGAGAACAUAAUGAACGAAUUAGACAGAGAAGCAAAGGAACUUGCCUUCAACGUAGAAGGAAAGCAAGCCGAUGAGAUAUUCAGAAGCCAGAGAGAAUCGUUCUUCACAGAAGGGCCGGAAGGUGGCCGGAGGAGGUCGACGGAGAGAAGCCCGUUGUUGUCGAUUCUGAAACUGGCCGGUUACUUCUGAAAGAGAAAGGAAGGAAAUGGAGGAGGGCGCGCUU